AAUACCUUAAGGGUUGUCUGACUUACAGCAUGUCCGACAGCAAUCACAAAGAAAGUGGUAAAAAGCUUGCCAAUAACUUGGCUCAAGGGGAACCUGAACUUUCUUGGCCUUAUUUUGAGUCGAGAAUUAUUAAUUCCAAAGUGAACAGUGUGAAACUUGAUUGGCCGUUAUUAAUAGAUGCAACGGUUUACAGCAUAGAGAAGUUUCACAAACGCCUUGGCUGGCUUCAGGUUGAGUGGAGUACCCGCUCUCCCGUAGAGGUUACUAAUAUGGAAGAAAACUUCGGAUAUCGACUGCGCAUUAAAGCCUUGAAAGUUUCGGAAGACGGAAGCCGCUAUGUGGCCUUGGCCAUCUCGCCAGAUAUUAUUGCGUGCACGGCGGCAGCACUGCCAUCAACCAAUUGCUUAAACCGAGCCAUCAGAAAAGGCCAGCAAUUUCUGGUUAAGCGUAUGCUACGGCGACGUCCGAGCUUAAUAGAAUACCCCGCUCCGAACGGGUUGCUGCCACUUGCCAAUGCAAUUAUUCAGGGAGAGAUGUGCAUUAUUGACGUGCUGCUAUCGGCCGGCUGCAGCGUUCAUCUAGGAUAUCCAGGAAGUGGCCGAACACCGCUUCAUCUGGCUUUCUAUCACGGUCACUUGCCAUCCGCGCGCAUUUUGCUGAACAAGAAGGCGCACCUGGAGGCGACGGACAGCAAUGGCAUGACCCCUGCUCACUGCGCCGUCGAUGCCAAUCAGUUGGAAAUGCUUAAAUUUGCUCUCGAGGCGGGGGCGAACGCGGAGGCCAGGGACAUCUGUGGCUGGACCCUUCUUAUGCGAGCAGUGGUCAUGGACGCUAGCAUGGAGCUCAUCAAAGUUCUUGUUACACACGGCGCAGACCUGGCGGCUUUGGAUGCCGUCGGCAAAUCCUGCACCGACUUGGCAAAACUUUAUCGCAGGCAGGACGUAAAGGAUUACUUUGACAAGGUGCAAAAGUUUAGGCUGGAAAAGUCUGCCGCGACCGCAGACGCGAUGACAAGGGCGGCAGUAGUAACAACUUACACAAAAGAAGUUUCAGUGGUGAUAGUGAAAACAAAAUGGAAGCUCUAACGAAGGUUUUAAGCAAUCGCCAUUAAAGCCAAGAGAAAACUCCGGAUGUCUCGACUAUCAGACAACCGAUACUCAGCUAACCAACUUGAAAAUAAAUGCACAUCAAUGUUUACAUUUCUAUAUACCUUACAUUUUUAAAAUUUUUCACUUUUAAAUUUCAUUGUGAUUCAUUGAAGAUAUUUUGCAAUAUAAGGUCAAACUAAGGUCCUUACUUACUAA